AUGUUCAUCUUAUCUUUAUCAGAAACUGUCAGUAUAACCCCUCGAGAGCAGGAACUCUUGGAUCAAUUGGCCGAGUUGCAAAAAAACCUAGUUUCUAUAUAUGAAUUUUACGUUGUAAUUAAUCCAAAACGAAAGGGAUUUAAAUCAGUGUUGGGUUUUGAACACAUUUUUUUUGAUUUUAAAUAUUUUGGACAAGGUUUUGGACAUAGGAAAAUAGCAGAUGACCUUUGUAGUCUUAAAGAAACUAUCUUUGCCAUAUAUAAGACCCAAGAACUUGAGGAAAAAAAACAACUUUGUCCUUCGCACUUUCGACUUUCCAAAAAUGUGCCAGCUCUAUGGGCUUGGUAA